AUGAAGUUUGGCAGGGAAUUAGCAUCCCAGAUGGUGCAAGAAUGGCAGGAAGCAUACAUGGACUAUAAUUAUCUCAAAACAUUGCUCAAAGAUGUCUUGAGAUUUCAACAGAAAAAUGCUUCAUCCUCUGAAGAAAUUUCUAGAUCGCAUUCUCUGCAGAGAAGGGUAUCCAUGUACAGAGCCUUUAGCGGGCUAACGAGUCGAUACAGUACUCUCAAAGGCUCCCCUAGGAAGAAUUCUCCAAGGAAUAGUGAGGAUGAAGUUAUACUAGUUAGUGCAGUACAGGGAGAGGGUUCAGAAAGUUGUUAUCAAACCAUGUUCUUGAGGUCUUCAGAAGAAGGUGGAGAAUAUGAACUCGUUUUCUUUAGGAGACUUGAUGAUGAAUUCAAUAAAGUGGUUAAGUUUUACAAGAAUAAAGUGGAGGAAGUGAAAAUGGAGGCAGAGGAAUUGAGCAAACAAAUGGAUGCUCUUAUUGCUCUUCGAAUUCGAGUUGAUAAGCCUUCGGUAGCACAAAAUUGUGCUCGAGAAACGAAUUUUUCAUCAUCUGACGCCAGCGAUUCAUCCCCAGCAACAGUUAUUGCAACUGUGAAUGGAAAUAAGCAAGGAGGAUUGCAUAUGGAUGUAAUUCAAGAAAUUGAGAUGGGGACUUGUGAAGAUGAAAAGAAGCUAGAAAACAAGAUGGAUUCAAAUGGUUUUUGGCCUCCUUCAUUACAAGUUUUGGAUCAUGUAAAAAUCAAUGUGGAACCAGACACCCCAGUUUCGACUCUGAAAAAUGUCAUCAUGAGUUCAAAAUCUGACCUAUCAUUCAGCAAGGAUGAACUAAGAAAAGUAGAAAAAAAGUUGAGACAUGCCUUCAUUGAAUUUUACCAGAAGCUUCGACUUCUGAAGAGCUAUUGUUUCUUGAAUAUGUUGGCAUUCUCCAAGAUUUUGAAGAAAUAUGACAAGAUAACUUCAAGGAAGGCUUCCAAAUCUUACUUAGAGAUGGUUGAUAAGUCCUAUCUUGGUAGCUCUGAUGAGGUUAACAGACUCAUAGAAAAACUAGAGGCUACAUUUAUUAAGCAUUUCUCGAAUGGAAAUCGAAGGAAAGGAAUGAAUUCUUUGAAGACGCAAGCUAAGAAAGAGAGGCACAGGAUAACUUUUUUCCUUGGUUUAUUCACUGGCUGCUCAAUAGCACUGGCAGUGGCUAUUAUUGUCUCUAUACACGGGAGAAAUCUUCUUAACCACGAGGGACGUGGGCAGUAUAUGGACAAUAUAUUUCCACUUUACAGCUUAUUUGGAUUCAUUGUCCUACACAUGGUCAUGUACGGAGGGAACACAUACUUGUGGAGACAUUUCCGAGUGAACUAUCCAUUCAUAUUUGGAUUCAAGCAAGGAACAGAAUUGGGAUAUAGAGAAGUUUUUCUUCUAGCUUCUGGCCUUUCAGUACUCGCAUUGGCUGCUGUACUCUCGAACCUUGACAUGGAGAUGGACCCGAGAACUAAAAGUUUCAAAACAUUGACUGAAUUGGUUCCACUAGGUCUAGUCACUGUUCUGCUAUUUAUAACAUUUUGUCCUUUCAAUAUCAUAUAUCGUUCUAGUCGCUUCUUCCUCAUCAAAUGCGCUUGGCAUUGCCUUUGUGCACCUCUUUAUAAGGUUACUCUCCCUGAUUUCUUCUUGGCAGAUCAGCUUACAAGCCAGGUUCAGGCCUUCAGGAGUUUGCAAUUCUACAUCUGUUACUAUGGAUGGGUUAUUCCAUUCUGGUCACGCUUUCUUCAGUGCCUACGCCGGUUGGCCGAGGAGAAAGAUCCGAUGCAGGGAUUUAAUGGCCUUAAAUACUUAUCAACAAUUGUGGCUCUUGUGAUGAGGACGGUAUAUGAUUUAAGGAAAGGAAUGUUUUGGAAAAUCAUGGCUGCAUCUAGUUCAGGAGUUACCACAAUUUUCAGCACAUACUGGGAUAUUGUUAUUGAUUGGGGACUUUUGCAAAGGAAUGCAAAAAAUCCAUGGCUGAGAGAUAAACUUCUGGUGUCAAACAAGGCUGUGUACUUUGUAGCUAUUGUGGUUAACAUCCUUCUGAGACUGGUAUGGAUGCAGUUAGUUCUGGAUUUCAAUGAAGCACCAUUUCUCCAUAGGAGAGCCAUGAUUGCAGUUGUUGCCUGCCUCGAGAUACUUCGCCGCGGAAUUUGGAACUUUUUCAGGUUGGAGAAUGAACACUUGAACAAUGUUGGAAAAUACAGGGCAUUUAAGUCCGUGCCCUUGCCAUUUAACUACGAUGACGAUGACAAAACUGUGUAG